UUCUGUAUGGCUAGAAUUCAGCUAGGAAAAUAGUCGCGAAUUAACAUUACACGACUCUCAUUUGACAAUAUUAAAGCUACUUUGUGACAACUGUUGAAUAAUCAUCUGUCUUAUCGCAACGGACGUCGCUCGUUUGGUUCCAUUUAAAGUAAAUACUUCUCUCGAUUAUAAAGCCGACAAUAAUUAUUCUUGAUAGCAUCUCGGCCAACGUGUCUUAUCAUCACAGCCUCGUUUUGAAAUUAGAACAGAGGUCGCUUACUCAACUUUAGGUCGAUUUAACUCUCUUGGCAGAAACGAUUCAGCAGUCUUUUAGUGUCGUCUGCGAGGUCAAAGGUGUCGUUUGGCGAUUUUUGCACAGGCUUUUAGACUUGUACACGUCAGCGAAGGGUUUGAAGUUGAAAUUCCUCCUGUUUUUAUAAAUAAAAGCAGUGUAGGAUUUUUCGUCGUAAACUCGUGAAGAACAUUAUUUUACAGAAUGUGGACGUCUUUGGCACUGUGUGUUAUAGCUCUAGCGGUCGGUGCGAACGCAGACUGUUCCGAUCUUUUGGCCCACUGCGAUCUUCUAGACCAGAAGUUUUGUCUGCCGCCAUUUGAUAAGUUUGCGCGCGACGCGUGUAUGAAGACAUGCGGAUUGUGUGACGGAUCCAACGCUUCCGCCCGCAAGCGUUCCCACAAUUCCCCGGACUGGCUGUCCCACUGCUGGGAUAACAACUCCAACCACUUGCAGGACCCUUUCUGCGCUCUUCUGACGACCACAACAACAAGCACUACAACAACAACCCAGCCGCCCACCACCACAACAACAGAAGCGCCGACAACAACGACAACAGUACCUACUACUACAACGACAGCUCCCACGACAACAACAACAACAGAGCCGACGACGACGACAACCCAGCCACCGACAACUACUGCCAGGACAUGCACCUACGAUUUCUUCAACAACACCGACAUCAGCAACACGAACUUCGGAACGGACGUGACGGUGGUCCAGAACGCUAACAUCACCAUCAACGAGUCUGUUCACCUGUUGGGCGGGGUGGAGUUCUGUCAGGGCGUCUGCGAGCAGUCCAUCCUCAACGACGGCUACGAAUGUUGGGCGUUCACAUACAAUGAAGUCGAGAAGUGCUACUUGUACUACUACACAAAACCCAUCUACAUGCUGGACUCGUCCAAGCUUUCCAGUGGUAACGACUCCACCACCAUCUACCUCAAGCGUUGUAGCAACGAUCCCAAGACCCCAGCACCCACUCCCGAACCCACCCCCAUUACCACCACCCCGACGAUUAUAGUUACUGACACGAACCCCGGUGUCACCACCCAGUCGCCCGUUGAUCUCGCCACGACCCCCGCUGCCACCACAGCGACGCCAAACACACCCAGCGGGAGCGUCGUGGUCUCCACUGAGGCGCCAACUACCACAACCACUGUCCCUCCUAUAGUCUCCGGGACAACACCAUCGUCUAUUGGCCCCAACACGAAUGGUCCCAACGGUAUCGUCGCCAUCGACACCAACUCAUACUUGAUCAAGGGCCUUCCUUCCCUCGUACCAAACACGUGUUUCUUCCUCAACCAAACCUUUGCAAAGGGAGAUCACUGGAAGGAAGGGUGUCGCUAUGACUGCGAGUGCACUGACGUCACAACCAACACAGCUCUGUGCAAGGAUACCUGCCCCUACUACACCCAGAUCCCCUCCAACUGCCAGGUUGUGAAGCUGGCCGGCGACUGCUGUAACAGCCUCCAGUGUGACAACACCACCGUCGACAACACAACCGUCACCAAUAGCACGUGUGGCAACAAGCUGGGAGAAACCUGUGAUUACUAUGGGGACAGUGCCUGCGUGGGUUUGUUCGAGCCUUGGGCACGUGCUAACUGCGCUCUUCGAUGCGGAUAUUGCGACUACAAAGAGCCGUGUGUGGACCGCCUGUCCUACUGUAACCUGUACGACCUCGUGGACGCCUGUACAACCUACGAGGGCUGGGCGAGGCACAACUGCAAGGCCUCCUGCAACAAGUGCGCAGGGCCGUCUACCGCCACCCCCAUGGUCUCAACCGAGGCGCAAACCAGCCCUGUGUUCACACAGGAAACAACCACCACCACUGAGCCAUCAACCGGCGCCCCCCUUGCGCAGACCACCGAAACGCCGGUAACGACCGAAAGGGCACCGCCGACAAGAACCACGACGACGGAUGGCGCUCCACCCACUAGGGGACCGACGACUGUAGUGCCAAUAUAAGCAUUUUAAGCAGCGUUCUUAAUCGCGCCAUUUAAAUCUUCAAUUUAGUUGCUUUUAGCAGUUCAAUUGUUUAGUUCGAAAAUAAAUUAUGUAUGAAAA